AUGAGUCUCACAAAGAGCAACGGGACUUUGCCCUUGCCGCUAGGCUCCGGCUGGCUUUCUUGUCAAUGUAGCGAUGGCUGGGGCCCUCUUUCCCCCAUCUAUAAUGACUUGGCGCCCUGCUUUCUCCAGGGAGAGCUUUUCUCCGCCGCAGGCGUGCUUAUGAUAAUCACGGGGAUCUUCCAGAUCAGAAAGCUUGUCCGCAAGAAGAUAUCCUUCGGAAACAAGGUCAGCUGGGCGUUCUACCUGAAAUUGACGCUUGCCGCGUUGCACGUUGCUUUUGCGGCCGUGGUGGCUAUGUCUUACGGCGCCCGCGACGUGAUUUACACGGGCCUUGUGCUCAAUGUUGCCGCGGCCGUGGUGGCAUUUGCCAUCCACUACUUGGAGCAGUUCAAGUCGAACAUCUCCAACGGCGUUCUUCUCUUCUACUGGCUUUUCCAGGUCGUUUUCGGCUUGGCCAAGUUUGCGUCGUUGAAAUUGAGAUCCGAAGUCAACUCCACGUAUGCCACUGUGUCGAUCUUGGCCACUGCCAAUGCUGCGUUUGUGCUUCUCUUGGAGAGCUGGUUUGCGCCUCAGCCAAUCAACGCGUUGGGCCAGGAAAUCGGCGUGUCUCCCUUUGACCGUGCAGACGUGUUUUCGCGCAUCUCGUUCAACUGGAUGGCGCCAUUGAUGAAGAAAGGCUUCUACCAGUACUUGAGUGAAGUAGACCUUCCAUUCUUGCCCAAGUCCCUCAAAUCAGAGAACACCAGUGCCGCGUUCUACCACUUCUGGAACAAGCAGGAUUCUCCUUCCUUGGUGCUUGCUCUCUCCAAGGCGUUUGGCGCCCCUUUCCUUCUUGGAGGUGUCUUCAAGGGGUUGCAGGAUCUGUUGGCAUUCGUCCAGCCACAAUUGCUCAGGCUUUUGAUCCGCUUUGUGAACGAUUACUCGCAGUCGGUGAAGGAGGGCGAACCAUUGCCCCUCACUCGGGGCUUGAUGAUUGCCGGCGCCAUGUUUGUUGUCUCCGUCACCCAAACCGCAUGUUUACAUCAGUAUUUCCAAAGAGCAUUUGAUUUCGGCAUGAACAUCAAGUCUUCCAUGACAUCUGUUGUAUAUGACAAGUCUCUCGUGUUGUCCAACGAAACAAAGCAAGCGUCCAACACAGGCGACAUUGUCAACUUGAUGGCGGUUGAUGUUCAGAGAUUGCAAGACUUGGUACAGAAUUUGCAGAUCAUUUGGUCAGGGCCUUUCCAGAUCGUUUUGUGCUUGUACUCUUUGCAUGGCUUGUUGGGCAAUUCCAUGUGGGCAGGCGUCUUCAUCAUGGUCAUCAUGAUUCCGUUGAAUGCUACGAUUGCUAAAUACCAGAAGAAAUUGCAGAAGACGCAAAUGAAGUUCAAGGACGAAAGGUCCCGUUUGAUCAGUGAGAUUUUGAACAACAUCAAGUCUUUGAAGCUUUAUGGCUGGGAAGCACCUUACUUGCUGAGAUUGAAUCACGUGAGAAAUGACAAGGAGUUGACGAACCUCAAGAGAAUGGGUAUUUUCAGCUCUGUCACGAACUUUUCUUGGAACUUGGCUCCUUUCUUGGUGUCAUGCUCCACAUUCGGAUUGUUUGUACUCUUGAACAAGGACGCUACCUUGUCCACUGAUAUUGUUUUCCCUGCAUUGUCUUUGUUCAAUUUGUUGUCCUUUCCUUUGGCCGUUGUGCCUAUGGUAAUUACAAACAUUGUUGAGGCCCAAGUAGCCAUUUCAAGAUUGACCAAAUUCUUGACAAGCGCAGAGUUGCAGAAGAAUGCAGUGACAAAGCUUCCCAGAGCUGAAAAAGUCGGUGAUGUGGCCGUGUCUGUCAAGAACGGUACAUAUUUGUGGUCCAAGCAAAAGGGAGAGGAAUCUUACAAAGUAGCUCUUUCCAACAUCAACUUGGAAGUCAAGAAAGGCCAAUUAGACUGCAUUGUCGGCAAGGUUGGUUCCGGAAAGUCUUCCAUUCUUCAAUGUCUUUUGGGAGACUUGUACAAAUUGGACGGUGAGGCAAAGAUCCAUGGAAGCGUGGCCUAUGUUUCCCAGGUCCCCUGGAUCAUCAAUGGAACCGUCAGGGAGAACAUUUUGUUUGGUCACAAAUAUGACCCCCAAUUUUAUCAGAAGGUUCUUGAUGCUUGUGCAUUGAGUGUUGACUUGAAGAUCCUUCCAAAGAAGGAUAAAACCGAGGUUGGCGAGAAGGGUAUUUCAUUAUCUGGAGGCCAGAAGGCUCGUCUCUCGUUAGCCAGAGCUGUUUAUGCCAGAGCCGAUGUGUAUUUGCUUGAUGACCCAUUGAGUGCUGUGGAUGAGCAUGUUGGAAGGCAUCUCAUCAACAAUGUCUUGGGCCCUCAAGGUUUGUUGAGGACCAAAUGUAAGAUUUUGGCUACGAACGCAAUUCAUGUUUUGAGCAUCGCAGAUAACAUGCAUAUGGUCAAAGAUGGUAAAUUGGUGGAGCAAGGUACUUACACGGACAUCAUGUCUCAGGAGAGAAGCCAGUUGCGCCAAUUGGUUCUUGAGUUUGGAAAAUCUACUCCCGAAUCUAGCAAGGUUAACAGUUCAGCAAACUCUACAAAAGCCGAAGAGAUUGUCCCCGAAACCGAAGAACUUGGUGGUCUCCCUACGUUGGUAGAUGUAUCAGAAACCUCUAGUCUUAGAAGAGCAUCCGCCGCUCCUCUACUCUCCGAUGAAGAGCGCUUGUUGCUCCAACAUGAAGAUGAAGAUGAGGACGAAGACACCAAGGCCCGGAAGGAACAUUCCGAGCAAGGCAAGGUCAAGUGGGACGUUUACAAGGAAUACGCAAAGGCUUGCAACCCAUUCAAUGUCACCGUCUUUUUGAGUACCACAGUCUUGUCAAUGGCAUUCAAUGUUCUCUCCAACAUUUGGUUGAAGCAUUGGUCUGAAGUGAACACAGAUAAUGGUCAUAAUCCAAGUGCACUCAAGUACUUGGGCAUAUACUUCCUCUUGGGUAUUGGCUACUCUGUUUCGACAUUGACUCAAACAUGUAUCAUGUGGAUUUUCUGUACCAUUGAAGGUUCUAAGAAGUUGCAUAAUGGAAUGGCCACCAGUGUCCUCAGAUCGCCUAUGUCUUUCUUCGAAACCACACCAAUUGGUCGUAUCUUGAACAGAUUUUCUAACGAUGUUUACAAAGUUGAUGAAGUUCUCGGAAGAGUUUUCGGAAUGUUUUUUAGCAACACUGUUAAGGUUUUGUUCACCAUUAUUGUGAUUUGCUUUUCCACUUGGCAGUUUAUCUUCAUUGCGAUUCCAUUGGGUGUCUUGUAUGUCUAUUAUCAGCAAUACUAUUUGAAGACAUCGAGAGAAUUGCGCCGUGUUGACUCGACCACGAGGUCGCCAAUUUAUGCCAAUUUUCAGGAGAGUUUGAACGGUGUGUCAAUCAUCAGAGCAUAUGGCCAAGAAGACAGAUUUAAGCAUUUGAACAGAAGCAGGAUUGACAAGAACAUGCGUGCUUAUCACCCAUCCAGUAACGCCAAUAGAUGGUUAGCCGUGAGAUUGGAACUUUUGGGUUCGAUCAUCAUCUUGGCUGCUUCUGGAUUGGCUAUCUUGAGCUUGAAAAGUGGUACCAUCAGUGCCGGUUUGAUUGGUUUGUCUGUCUCCUAUUCCUUGCAGAUAACCCAAUCUUUGAAUUGGAUUGUCAGAAUGACUGUGGAAGUUGAAACCAACAUCGUGUCGGUGGAGAGAAUUUUGGAAUACUCCAGACUCACUCCCGAGGCUCCAGAAAUCAUUGAAGAACGCAGACCACGUGAGACUUGGCCUGAAAAGGGUGAGGUUGUAUUCAAGAACUAUUCCACGAGAUAUAGACCAGAAUUAGAUCUUGUCUUGAAGAAUAUCACCAUGAGCGUUAAGCCUCAUGAGAAGAUCGGAAUAGUUGGAAGAACUGGUGCUGGUAAGUCUUCCUUGACGUUGGCCUUAUUCAGAAUAAUUGAAGCUGCGAAUGGUCAUAUCGAGAUCGACAACACCGAUACAAGUGAGCUUGGUUUGGCUGACUUGAGACACAAGCUCUCUAUUAUUCCACAAGACGCCCAAGUGUUCCAAGGAACCAUUAGAAGCAACUUGGAUCCUACUAACUGCUACAGUGACGAGCAGCUUUGGAGAGCUUUGGAGUUGUCGCAUUUGAAGGACCACGUUUUGAAAAUGUACGAGGACCGCGAUAAAGAGACAAGCGAGAUCCAAUCGGCCUUAGAUGUCAACAUGAGCGAAGGUGGCUCAAAUCUUUCAGUGGGCCAGAGACAGUUGAUGUGUCUCGCUCGCGCUUUAUUGAUUCCUUCCGCAAUUUUGGUUUUGGAUGAAGCCACAGCGGCAGUCGACGUUGAGACCGACCGUGUGUUGCAACAAACAAUCAGAUCCGAGUUCAAGGACAGAACUAUCUUGACCAUUGCGCAUAGACUAAACACCAUCAUGGAUUCUGACCGGAUUGUCGUUUUGGAACAAGGAGAAAUUGCCGAGUUUGACACUCCCGAGAAUCUCUUAAAGCGCAAAGAUUCUUUGUUUUACUCCUUGAGUAAGGAGGGUGGUUUUGUUGAGGAUGAAAAGGACGAGGCGUGA